AUGCAGGUAUGUUAUGGACAAGUCAUCACUGGAGCACCAGGAAGUGGUAAAACUACAUUUAUUAAAGGAAUGUAUACAUUUUUAAAAUUAAUGGGAAGAGAACCAAUAAUCAUUAAUUUAGAUCCUGCUAAUGAACCAAAUGAUUAUCCAAUAUCUGUUUCACUUCCUGAAUUAUUGUCGUUAGAUGACGCAAUGAAAGAUACUCAACUUGGUCCAAAUGGAGGGAUGUUGUAUUGUCUAGAAUAUUUAAGUGAAAAUGUUGAUUGGCUUAUUGAUAAAAUUAUUGAAAUUCACCCAUCUUAUUUACUUAUCGAUUGUCCAGGUCAAACUGAAUUAUUUGCAACACACCCAACAUUACCUACUAUUCUACAUCGAUUACAGCAAAUAAAUUGUAGAUUAACAGCAGUACAUCUUAUUGAUUCAAUUCAUAUUGGAAAUCCAUCAAUUUAUUUAGCAGCAGUAUUACAAGGACUGGCAUGUAACAUGAAUUUAGAAUUACCAUUUGUUCCAUUCUUAAGUAAAGCAGAUUUAUUGGGUGGAUAUGGGUUCAAUGUUAGAUUAGAAGAUAUUAUUAAUGGAAACGUUGCUGAGUUAAUUAAUGACUUACCUUCUAAAUUUACCACAUUAAAUGAGCAAUUAGCAGAGAUCAUUGACCAAUACUCAUUAAUUAAACCAAUUCCAUUUGCUAUUGAAGAUAAAAAUGAUUUAGCAUUAGCUAUUGCAGUGAUAGAUAAAGCAAAUGGAUAUUGUUUUAACUCAAAAGAGUCAAGUAUUUUACAAUAUUUUUGUGUUGCCAGUGGUGUUUCUAUAGAUAUUAAAAUUGACCAAACCAUAGAAAAGUAUCAAAGUAUAAUUGAUGGGGAUAAUGUAGUUCAUCCACAACAUGAAGAAGAAGAAGAAUAA